AUGGCUGGAAGCGAAGUAUCUGCCGUACAUCGGGCAUUCAGCAACUUGUUGACGACUUUGACGCCUGAGCAAGUUCAAAGAUUCAUGGAAGAGGUGAACUCAUCGGCAGCUAUCGCUACGAGAGCUCCUGAAAGCGUUGACUCGGCUCAAGGCAUGGGUGCCUCUCCCUCCAAAGCCUCUCCUGCUGCCAUGGCAACUACUCGCCCUGCUGCCCGUAAACGCUCUCGAGAGAAUGCCAAAUUGAGACCCUUGAACUCUUUUAUUGCAUUUCGAAGCUUCUACUCCUCUGCUUUUCCCGAUAUCUCCCAAAAAGUCAAGUCUGGACUGCUACGACUUUUAUGGAGUUCUGAUCCCUUCAAAGCAAAAUGGGCAAUUGUGGCCAAGGCCUAUUCCGUUAUUCGUGAUAAGCAUAUCGGACAGGUUUCUCUUGAAUCUUUCCUGGCCCUGAUUGGACCCUUUAUUGGACUUGUUUCUGUUGCAAAUUACCUCGAUACCAUGGGUUUACAGGUUGUCUCGACUGAGGACAAGCAAUUCUCCCUCAUCAAAGCUAAUCCCAAUGCCCACAUCAAUCCCAUUGACUUGACGACAAACCUCUCUGUUGAUGACGUUGUCCACUACUGUUAUCAAAUUGGCUAUGUUUCUGGCACUCACUUGGCGAGUGCCUCCGGAAACCAAGUUGCCGCUGUCUCCAUGGCGGUCUCAGCUCAGUUGAUUCCCAAAAGCGCAGCCGCUGAGACUACUUCUUCUACUAAACCCGCUUCCAAUGGACCAACUGUUAGACAGAACACUGAACACCGUGAUGUAACUCCAGACACGAAUCACUCGGAGGAGAACGAAAACCCACAAGAACACCAGGUUCCUACACCCGUUACUCCGACAAACAACAGUGCUACUACAUCUUCAUCUGUGAACAAUGAUACCGUUUCUCCCCCUACUCCCGCCAACAAUGCAAGAAACACAGGCCCUUACACUCAGGCUGAUUUUGAAGGAGAGUUGCGUCGUGCUAUGAAUGGUUUCCCAUAUGGCAACAACGACGGUUACUAUGAUCUAUUUAACACAGGUCUUCGUACUCGCACUUUCAACCCAUAUCGCAUCAACGGCGACUUUGAUGGUUUUGAUAUCGGUGACUAUGUUGAUAUGUGA